GCUUUCGAAAUCACGCUCAGUAACGUGCGCCUGUUUUAAUCAUAGUCGGAGAGUAAGCUGUGGCUCGUAAUCUGCGUAAAGAAACAUGCCAUCGACGACUGUGGUUACCUUGAACUCUUUCACAAGAAUCGUUGUUUUAUUUUUUUGCCUAGCUACUCUGCAACUUCCUUCGAUACAAAGUACUUUUAGUGAGGAUGGUGUUGAGAAGUAUGUUAUUACUAGAAGAGAAAGGAACGAUAGCGACGUAUUCAAGGUUAUUUACAAAAGUAGUCACAAGUGUCCUGAAGACGUUUGUGAAAACUCCUCUGCUUGGGUGAACAACAUCGCUCCAUGCAGCUGUUCAUGUAGAGCCAACACUGCUACUUUCCUCCCGCAAUUAGGAAGUUGUGGUGAUCUAGCAAGUGUAAAGAAAUCUCUGUUUGGAAGUUGCUCACAAGCGCUUGGUUUGGAAAGCGGGAAAAUCAGCGAUUCCCAACUAACUUCCUCGGAUGUUUUUCCAGGUUUUAGUCCAUCGGAGGGAAGACUAAAUAAUGAUAAGGCCUGGUGCCCAGCUGAAAAUACGCAGUUCUUUGAAAUCGACUUAUUGAAGGUCAGGCAUGUCUCAGCCCUCGCAACUCAAGGAUACCAAGGAAAAUUCAAUAACUAUGUUAAAACAUUUGAGAUAAAGUACAGUUAUGAUGGUGCAACUUGGUUUGAUUACCAAGAUGAAAACGAAAAAAAAAAGGAAUUUACUGGAAAUAGUGACACAGACACAAUGAAAUACAACUACUUCAAGCAGACAUUUGAAACAAGGUUCCUCAGGAUAUAUCCUAAAGCGUAUAACCGAGGUGGGUUCAGAUGUCUCAGAGUUGAAGUAUAUGGGUGUAGUGACAAUACUGUUUGCUCCAGUUUCUUCGAGUGGCCCUUUUCAGUAGAAUCUUUCGACCUGAAAAAUGCUGGAGAGGUGGAUAUUGGGUCAAAUAAUAGCUAUCAAGCCUGUCAAGUUGUUCCUGGAAGCACAGCAUAUUAUGAUUAUCAACUGGAAAACAAGUGGGCGCGGGUAUCUUCAGAAAUCUUCAAAAUGGAGAGAGCACAUGGCAAACUAAAUUUCAAGGUUUCGUAUCUAUGGUUUUAG